UACCGCUUGAAAAUAUGAAUAAUUAACUAAUUGCCCCAUACUUACACACGUACUCUAAAUAUGAAUAAUUAAUUAAUUGCCCUAGUAUACAGUCAUUACAUACUCUAUAAAAGGGGAUCUAAAAAUUAAGAUGAUGAAUGACAAAAAAAAAGAGUAGUAGAAAAAACCAAAAAUCACAAUGGAAGUAAUUAGCAUUGAGAAAAUAAAGCCAUCUUCCCCAACCCCCAAUCACCUUCGAAUUUACAACCUUUCCCUGUUAGAUCAGAUGAUUCCUAGUGUCUACGUCCCCUUAGUUUUAUACUUUUGCAGCGACGACGACAACAACAACAAUGAUGACAGAAUACAACAUCUAAAGGAGUCACUCUGAGAUGCCCUCAUACUCUGGUAACCUUCUAUCCCUUUGCCGGAGUCAUCAGAGAUGCCCUCUCCGUCGAUUGCAGCGAUCAAGGCCUUCAAUUCUACGUCACCAAGAUAUGGCUUCGGUCUCCACAUUUCUCCGAUGCUGGGCUGCCAAUGCACGGGGAUUAGGGUUUUCUCAACCUUCACCCUUACUUUGCACCGCACAAUCUUCCUUCCCACAUAAUCCCUCGCUCCCAAACAAGCUGGUACCUAUGUUAAAUUAUCUUAAAUACUCGAGUCGUGGGAAGUUUGUGACGAGAAGAUACGUAUUCGAUGCCUCUGCUCUGUCCUUUCUCAAGGCUCAACUGAGUAGCACGCGCGUGAACGUGGUGACGGCCUUGGUGUGGAAAUGCUUCAUGGAGGCUGUGGCGGAAGAGGAAUCCGGGAUGGACGAGAAACCCUUCAUGCUGACUCCAGCGGUCAACCUCCGGAAACGGGCUCUGCCCCCGUUUCCGGAGGAUAGUUUUGGUAAUAUGGUGUGGGUACCAAAGAUUGUUUGCAACAGCCCUCAAGAAAAGGGGUUGGCAGAUUUGGUGUGGGAGGUGAAAAGAGGGAUAGCAAAUAUCGAUGGUGAGUUUGUGAGACGUUUGGGGAAUGAUGGUUUGAAUGAAUAUUUGGAGAAGUUGAGGAAUGAGAUGCCUCAACAAGCUAAUUGGCUUUGUUUUAGUAGUUGGGUUAAUAUGGGUUUUUAUGAGGUUGAUUUUGGGUGGGGGAAACCUGUGUGGCUGUCAGGCUUCUUUAUGCAACACUCGGAAUCAGAGACUAUGGUUCUCUGUAAUGGCGUGACGUUGAUGGAUAGUAGAGACGGAGAAAUUGAAGCGUUUGCUCUUUUUGAUCAAAAAUAUGUUGCAGGAUUUGAGAAAAAUGACCUGAUUCGUAAUUAUGCUCGUGUUAACCCUAAUGUGAUAUGAAUAUCUUUACUAGUAGAAUAUGUUUUCAAUUUGAUGUUACUUGUUGUGAGAUUGUAGUUCCAAUAGGGGAAAGAAAUUAUGCAGUUGAUGUU